ACAAAUCUGAAAUACAGCAGCAACCAAAUCUACAUCUGCAUCUACAUCUACUACAGUACUGCAUUCUUUGGUCUGUUUGGACAGUCUCCGUCAUGUCAGUGGUCACAUCCAGCUUGUCUGAAGAUCAGCAGAAGAAGCUACUGUCUCUCCUUGGUCAUGUCAGACUCCACCUGCUCUACAAAGCCAGCGUCCAUGGCUUCACUGCUGCUGCUUUUCACAAUCACUGUGACCAACAGGGUCCCACUGUCAUCGUGGCUCACAAUGCUGGGUUUGUCUUCGGAGCCUACACCUCUAAGGACUACACUCAGAGCGGAGAGGGCGUCAAGGAUGAGCAAGCUUUCCUCUACAGCAUCAGCGCGGGGGCCGACAAACCUCUGAGGGUGGGAGGUAUCAGCGGCCAGUGUGCUUUCACAGAUGCAAACACUGGUCCAAAUUAUGGUGCUUUGGUGUUCCUGCAUGAGGACCGUCCUGUGUUCCAGUCCAACCCGGGGACAGGCUUCAACUUUCAGGCUGCACAUAUGCACGGAGGAGACUUGGCACUGACUGAGUUUGAAGUGUAUCGAGUUGAAGGAUUGGGAGAUCUCUUGGCCAAACCCUGGAGGAACAUUGUGUGGACUGCUGAGAGAAAGCAGCAGUUAAUGAAGUCCAUUCAGGACUAUAAGCCUGAUAUCAAUACAGUGAAUGAAGCCCGAGUGUUGAUGGUGGGCCCCGUCGGAGCUGGGAAGUCCAGCUUUUUCAACUCCAUCAACUCAGCGUUUCGAGGCAAUAUGACCUCCCAGGCCAUUGCUGGUACAGCAGGGAAGAGUAUUACCACUCAGUUCCGCACCUAUUCCAUCAAGGCAGGGAAAGGCGGCAAAGCUGUUCCUCUGAUCCUGUGUGACACAAUGGGGCUGGAGACAACCGAUGCUGGUUUGGACAUUGAGGACUUGGUCAGCAUCAGCAAGGGGCACAUAAAGGAUCGCUACCAGUUUAGCCCCUCCAUGCCUCUCAUGGAAAACGCUCCCGGCUUCAAGAAGCACACAACUCUGAAAGACAUGAUUCAUUGUGUGGUUUACGUGGUCGACACCAACAAGGUCUCUCUUCUUACUGAAAAAAUGCUGGACAAGUUCACCACCAUUCGGAAAAAGAUCAACCAGCUGGGCAUUCCUCAGAUACUUCUGAUGACCAAAGUAGAUGAAGCCUGUCCGCUGGUGGCAGAAGACUUGAACAAUGUUUAUCGCAGUGUUUACAUCCAGAGGAAGGCCCGUAAAUUGAGUGAGGCUCUGGGCAUCCCCUUGUCCUGUGUGCUGCCAGUGAAGAAUUACAGUGAGGAGUUGGAGCUGGACUUGAACACUGACGUGCUGCUGUUUUCUGCUGUGGAGCAGAUGCUCAACUAUGCAGACAGCUUCUUUGAGAACCAGAUCGUUGAGGAUCAGGAGCAUGAAAACAAACAAGAUCAAACAAAGUGAAACAUGCUGGAUUUACUUAAAGGGCCAAUGACUGACACUCCAUAACCUAUGUGGACGCUUUUUAGGUUGUUUUUCUUCUGCAGAUUCUUUUUUUUCCCAAAAGUUUAUUCACCUGCUGUUUCCAAGAUCAAGAAUGCAACACAAUUUUUAAGGCAACGGGGAUGAGAAGUCCUCAAAUGUUCAAUAUUUCCAUGACAGCUGACCAAACUACUGUUGAUAAAGGUGAUAUGAUUUGACUGAAAGCUCCAGAAGAGCUAAUACAUCGCACCUAAAUUGGGAUUGUUUUGUCAGUCUUUAAAUAUAAGCACACACAUUUCAACCAUUUCAGCUGUUUUGUUUUCACUCAUUUUUUGCAGAUUAGAGGAUUAAAUGUGGCAUUUUAUUACAUGUUAUCACUGUUUUUAAUUUUGAUUAGCUUUUAAUAUGGGCCUGGGUAUUCUGAUUUUCCUUAACAUGUCUAUCUGAUUUAUGUGUUUUUUUAAAUUAUAUCUUUUAACUUUCAAUAACAACAAUUAAAAAAAGUAAUAUUAGUAAAUAAAAAAGGACCUUUUGGGGCUGUCUGUAUACAAUUGAUUUCAAUACACAAUUGAUUACAUUCAUGAAAAUGAGCAUACAUACAGACAAAACACAAAACAACAACAAAAUAAUUAAAUAUGUUAGAAAUAAACAACAAUAAUAAUAAUAUCCUAUGGCUUUGUCCACUUAUUGUUGUUAUUAUUAACUUACAUUUUUUGACCUCUCAAGUGCUGUUCCUAUUACCUAAACUGAUAAAGGGCCCAUUUCUUUUCAAAUAGCUUUUCCUUAUUAAUGAUCCUAUAAGAAACUUUUCCCAUUCUGUUCAUUUCUUCCAAUGUUUCUAGCCACUUGCUUAUCUUAGAUGGUUCAUUUUUUUUCUAGUUCCUUUUUAUCUGUUUAAGUGCUGUGGUUCUCAGAGCUUCAAAGGAUUGUGUAUAUUUAAAAGUUGUCAAUGGUGUUUGGAAAUACCUUAAAUACAUUUCACAUUCAUACUCCUGCCAGAAGGGAGAUCUUGUGUGGGCUACUGUACAAUGUCUUUAAAGCUUUGCUUCCACUCGCUGUCUGAUAUUCUUAUUUUCAACUCCUUCUCCCAUUUCUCUUUGAUACUGUUCAAGUCCUCAAUUUCAUUGCAUUGUAAUAUUUGAUAAAUUUGUCCAAUUAUCUUUUGUGUGUUUUUACUCUGGCAUUGUGUUACCAUACAUGCAAUUCAUGGAUGGAGGUUUUCAAGACUUAAUAAUUGGACAUUUUCAUUUAAAUAAUUUCUUACUUGCAAGUAUCUGUAAAAAUGACUCUUUGGGAGCUGAUAUGUAUUAGCUAUAUUAUCAAAUGACUCGAUUCCUUUAUUACAAUACAUUUGACAGUACAUUGUGAGACCCCUGUACAACAGUGAGAUUGUUAUGCAGACUUUUCUUUCUCUCAGUCAGCCACUAGAUGUCAGUCAUAAUUUCAUAAUCACUUUGAUUUAGUUAUGGAAACUCUGGGAUGUUUUGGAAAGCACAAAGUUGCACAACUGCAUGUGAUAUUCUGACAUUCAAUAAAUGUUAUUGAAUAAUCUGAUUUACCUAAGGAAUUUCAUUGUAUUUAUUAAUGCAUAAUGUCACAUAGAUCAUCAAGUCACAAUGACAAAGCAACCACAGUAUUUGCAUGUUGUGUAAAAACGCAAUUCAACAGCAACCAAACAAAUACACCACCAGCCCACCUGACAUAGAGACGCUGGGAUUUCUUUUGAGCCAAUUGCAAAACUGGAGUAGUUUCGGUGCCGCCCUCCUCUCAGCUCGGUAUAAAGAGUGUGUCGCAACGUUGCCAACAACA